UUCAGAUCUGAGGAUGAUUGCAGGUGAGGGGAGAAAGCUGGAGCGCCGUGACGUCAAGUUCUCUCCCAUUGCUCACAACACAGGAAUGCUGGGGCUUUCAAUCAAAGUAACAUAGUGUUCAUUUCAGACGGACUUAAGACAUGGCAUCGGGUGUUGCUGUAUCGGACGAAUGUAUCCGUGUUUACGAUGAGAUCAAGAUGGGUCACCAGUGGCUGUACAUUAUAUACAGGGUCAGCGAAGAUCUCAGGACAAUUAUAGUGGAGGAAAAAGCUGGCCAUGAUAAAACCUAUCAGGAUUUCGUAGCCAGAUUAAAGCAGGCGGAAGCCAAACGACAAUGUCGGUAUGCAGUAUUUGACGUCAGGUUCAUCCAGAACGACGUACCACAGGAAAGGCUGGCUUUCUUUUUAUGGAGUCCUGACAUGGCCACCAUCAAGCAAAAAAUGAUCUACACAAGCAGCAAGCAAGCGUUGCGUAACAAAAUGAGAGGCAUUCACGCAGAAAUACAAUGUACCGAAGACUCUGACCUGACCAUGUCCAACGUCCUCGAGAGAAUCUGCAGCAAAUACACGUGACCUCUCUCGUCACUCUACACCCAAAGCAAACAGACUUAUUUUGAUUUAAUGAAGCAGCAGACAUGGAUUGGAAUCACGCGCACGUUGUAUGACCUCUCGCUCCAAAGGACAUGUUUGAGUCCAGUCGAUGUUGCUUUCAGAAAAUUAACAUCCUCUGUUCCUACUUCAGUAGCUGCUGUACUGGUGACCAGCAUUAGAGAAAGCUUUGUACUGAUCUCCCUUGGCUGUUGUAGCUCUUUAAUGUCUAAGCUUACAAUUCAAUUCACUAUUUUGUUUUUCGUGUUUUAUACUGAUUCAACAAUUUCAUUCAUGUUUCAAUGUGUCUAUCUAGAAGCUAGAUCUAUACUGUGAUUACUGUCUUUACUUUCUUGAACGCAUUACUGUCUAAUAGUUAAGAUCUAUUUAGGGAAAAAGUUAACUGAGAGAGAUGAAUUAGCUUUUAGAUUACAGAUCUACCAGUUAACUAUUUUAAUUGUGUGUCUAUUUUUUUUAAAUGUUGAAAAUUGAAUGUAAUGUCAUUUAUAGAAUGUUAUGUCAUAGAUUGUCAUUUGAAGUAUGGUGAAUAACUAUCUGUUUUGUGAUGAUUAGAUAGAUUAAUUAAUUAAUUUUAAUAACAAUUUGAAAAAAUAGACACUUUAUCAAAUAUGACUUAUAAGGUUUUUUUUGUUUUUAAAUAAUUCCAACUUUGGUUGUUUUGGUCUUCACCAUUUUGUUACAGAACUCUUAAAAAGUGGCACGGUGAGUUGCAAUCUAAAUGCUCAUGCUCGAAGAAGGCAUGUGUGUCAACUACUUAGAGCAAAGAUAAAUGGCAUUAACUGAUAAACUCCCUUGAUAUCAAUGCUCUAAAUUUUGUAACUCGCCAUGUUGUAGCAGUUCUCAUGAGUUUCCACAUAAGAUUUAAACAAAAAUCAAAUCUUUGGUAUUUCAGGUCAUGAUUACAUUGUUAAACAUAUUUUUUUAAAUAGAUAUUUUAAUGUAUGACAUCAUUGACAAUAAUAUUUAAAUGACAAGCUUGCGUGAUGCUGGAACAUGUCAUUUUUAUUUGAGACCCACUCAGGUAGGUUUUCAGAAAUGCAUUCCAGCACAUGUUAAAAGAAAAAAAAAAUUUUUUGACAGGACUAUGGCUUAAAAAAAACUGUUUAACUUAAACAAUCCCAUUUACAUCAACUUAAGUUUUUUGCAAGAGAGAUUAAAGUUUUGGCUACAUUUAUAGUUACUGUGAUGUCCUAAUCAAGUGUGUUGAUUGGAGCUUGAAUUGUGUUGAUGUUUAACAGUUUCACUGAGGAAACUAAUAGUAAAAUUUCUUAAUAGUUAGUGGUACCCUUACUUUUUGUUUUCUUAGCACAAGAGAGUAAAUUUUUGUUUCAGUUAUUACAAAUUAUUUAGAGAUAACUAAAUGAAAAUGUUUGAGAUGUAGAUGCUAGAGGUAUGGAUUGAAUGAGUUUACAAAGUUAUUAGAUGAUGUACAUUGUUAUUGAUUAUAUUUUAAAUGUUCAUAAAAUGAUUCUUUUUAUUCAUUAUUAUCUACUUAAUAAAUCUACAACAAUGUAGUCACAGUUCAGAAGUCAAUGUAAUCAAAAUAAAAAGAUUUUUUUUGUUUUCUUGCUUAA